ACGCCAAGGGCACCAUCCGGGAGAUCGUCCUGCCCAAGGGCCUGGACCUGGACCGGCCCAAGCGGACCCGGACCUCCUUCACGGCGGAGCAGCUGUACCGCCUCGAGCUGGAGUUCCAGCGGUGUCAGUACGUCGUGGGGCGCGAGCGCACCGAGCUGGCCCGGCAGCUCAACCUGUCAGAAACACAGGUCAAGGUGUGGUUUCAGAACCGCCGGACCAAACAGAAGAAGGACACCACCAAGGACUCAGACAAGCGCUCCUCCUCCACGUCAGAGUCUUUGGCCACCUGCAACAUCCUGCGCCUCCUGGAGCAGGGCCGCCUCCUGUCGGGUCCCGCUCCCCCGCCCAACUCCCUCCUGGGACCGGCCCACUCGACGAACGGCUCCCUGCUGGGGAGCCCAGGCGGGGGCUCCUCCACCUCCCCUGGGAUCAGCAGCAGCACUCCUCCCAGCUCCCUACCGGGGGGCACGUUCGGGCUCUCUCUGCCGUCGCUGGGCGGCACCCCGUCGUCUCCGCGGCUGGGCGUCCCACCCCCCCACUCCCUCUGCUUCUCCAUGCCCCUGCUGGGGGGCGCUCACCACGAACUGACGUCCACCUACGGCUGCGGCUCCUCGGCCUUCGAGCCGUACAUGAGGCUGGACAGAAAGGAGGCAGAUCUAGGUGGGAAGAAAACAGUUUCCUAAGUAGCACGUUUUGCUUUUAGGCACUAGGGGACGAUGACUUGCGCGAGGGCGUCCCCUCCGCAUGUCGCCCUGCCACAUGUCUGCCACACGAGCAGCUGCGGACAGGCCAAGGAAGGAUUUAAGUGAUGGGGGGGUUGCUUUCCGGUAGCGCCGUUUUGUGCCACAGCACAACGAUACAAAACAGUAAAAAAAAAAAAGACUCGAUGGGAAGUGAUAUCACUCACCCACGCAAAAAAAGGAAAGAAAAGAAAAGAUUUUUGCAAAUUUUCUGCGUGUGUGUUUGUUGCAGACAGAUGUUUUUAUCACCACUCGCUUUACAGUAGUUUUCAGUGACUCUUCACUUUUUGUCCUGUGGGUUUGUGUGUGUGUGUGACUUUUCUCUCUUUACAGGUCUUUGGUUAAUGUUCAGGAAAAAAACAAAGCAAAAGAAAAAACACACUUGACACGACUAUUUUCAGCCCAGUCCUAUCAGAAAACGUGUAAUAGGACUGUUAACAUCUCUAUAAUUUUAAGUGUUCCAGUCCAUACGAAGAAAUGCUAAAACAUAUGGAACUCAAGUUGAUUUUUUUAUUGUAUAGUGACAUUUUUUACAUUCACACAGUGGAAUUUAGGCCCUGUUGUUAAUUUCUCAUUAGGCUGCGAGCGUUGGCAACUUGUCAGUGAACAUUUAUGAGAGAAAUCUCCAAAAAUGCUCAAAUCCUUCUUUAAUUUCUUUGUGAUUCACAGUUUUGUUGCUUGAAUUUUGAACACGUCAAAAAAUCAGACAGACAAAUCUUCUCAUAGUCAGACAGUGAUCUGAAACCUUCUCAAUUUAGUUUUUGUAAAUUCUAGAGCGCCAGAGCUGUAUUAUGACACAAAGAGCACGUUUGGUGGCCGAGAUGUGGUUUGUUAGAGGUGUUUUUUCAAUGGGCCAGCACCACAUAAACCAAACCCCAACUGAGCCAUCUUAAAAACAGUGCCAGACCUGGCCCACAUCUGCACGACAAACCACUUGCCAUGCCAGUAGUCAGUCAUCAGUGCAAGCUUGAGAUCAGGUUUGGCCCAAACCUAUGUUUGCUCCUAUGACUAAAAAAAAA